UGUUGUGUGUAGGUAGACUUUCAUAUGCAUACCUGUUUGAGAAAAGCUACAUUGGCUGCUUCAUGUGGAUUUUAUAUGAAAAAGAGUUGAGAAUUGUGUUAUUACUAAAUUUAACACAAACUAAUUUUCAAAUAACUAUUUAUUUUACUCUCACACAGUACUCCCUUUGUUCAAGUAUUUCCGCACUCAAAUGAUUACGUAACUUUGGCGCCUCUGGGCCACCGUUUUCUUUCCCUUUAAAUUGACCAAACAUGUAAAAACAUAAACAGACUCCUCCUCAGCGCGGGAAAGAGCCAUCUGCUCCUCCGCAAUGUAAAAUUAACCGCCCUCGACUCUCAUUGGCUCCGUCGGUGCCGAACCUGAGCUCUGCUCGUCUUCAUUGGCCAAUCUCGAUGUCAGCGUGGAAGAGCGCGCGUCAAGUGUUUAAAUCUCAUUGGACAAAACCGCCUCGACCAAUCCUUGCACAUAGAGCGCUCUCACUUCUGCCUAUUGGCCCACGGGCUCGCUAGCUAGAUCUAUACGACUGCUGCCAUUGGUUAUAUCUGACACGUGGGAUUGGAUCCCUGCAGCCGAUUGGUCAGUCAACUGCUCAGGCGCGAUUUUGCAACGCGGGACAACUCUGUGUGGGCGCACACAGCACAGGUCAGUUCAGACGACCCGUUGCGACAAGAAGGAAUCUUAUCUUCAUCUUCAUAUCCAACUGUAUCUUUUGCGGAUAUUUUGUAGCGAACCACGGGUCCGAGAUUUUACUAUUGCUCUUUGGAAAUGAAGGACAUAUUCACUCCAGAUUGAAAAGGCGAUCUAUUGAUAACUUGUACUCAUUGCUUUUUUUUUUUUUUUUUUAAAUAAUCAAAUAGUUACUUUGACGGUUUUUGCUUGCUUUUGCCGGAGUUUUGACACCCAUACGAUGACCGAUAACAACCACCCGCACGUUAUUUUCUGCAACAACUCGCCCAAAAGAGUUUUGGUGUCUGUUAUUAAGACAACACCGAUCAAACCCAGGAAUGCGGAGGCCCUGACGCCGACAAGUCCCGGCUUCAGCGACUUCAUGGUCUACCCGUGGAAAUGGGGGGAGAACGCCCACAAUGUGACCCUGAGCCCGGGAUCAGUGAGCGGGGCUUCGUCACCUACCGGGACCCAGACGGCCAGGGAAGCGGACACGGAUCCUACACCUGACCAAAUCAGGGAUGGCAUCCGCAGAGGGCGUCCACGGGCCGACACUGUUAGGGAGCUCAUAAGCGAAGGCGAGACUUCAUCCAGCCAUAUUCGCUGUAACAUCUGCAACCGAGUGUUUCCCAGGGAGAAGUCUCUUCAGGCUCAUAAGAGGACACACACAGGAGAGAGGCCCUACCUGUGUGACUACCCAAACUGUGGGAAGGCGUUUGUCCAGAGCGGUCAGCUGAAGACGCACCAGCGGCUGCACACUGGAGAAAAACCCUUUGUCUGCUCAGAGAAAGGAUGUGGCAAUCGGUUCACACAUGCCAACCGUCACUGUCCCAAGCAUCCUUUCUCCCGUCUGAAGAGAGAGGAACCAAAGGAGGGCCAGGAGAAGGCUCAGUCUGUGGAUAACAAGGCUGUGGCAGAGUGGCUUGUAAAGUACUGGCGAACUCGUGAGCAGCGUUCCCCCACAACUACCAAGGUGAAGCCCCAGGGCAAGGCAAGAGCAGAGGAUCAGGAGCAGCAGGAUCCCAUGGAGUUUCUCCAGUCCGAUGAAGAGAACGGGGAAGAGGAAGAGACAGCAGAGGAAGAGAAGGGCAGCCAGGGAGGAGCCGCCAAGCGCCGCCUCCAGGAGCAACGAGAGCGACUCCACGGUGCUCUGGCACUCAUUGAGCUGGCCAACAACCUGUCUGCCUGAACACCCACCCGCUUCCUGAUCCUGGACUCCCAUUCCCUGUCCCUAAUAUCUCUAUUCUCAACCCGCCUUCCUGCAGUAUGUGCUGUAGCUAGAAAGCGUUCAUAAAUGCAGAUCAAUGACUAGUUUUUUCUAUCAAGUUGUGAAAUCAGACUUCGAGAGAGAGCUGAAUUGGCCUGAGAUCAGUGUUAUGCACAGCAUCCUAUCUAUUCCCCCUCAGCACCAGGAAGGUACAAGCUAAAGCACCUUAUUCAGCUUACAUUUUAUCCUUUUAGGCUGCUAUUAUUGUAGAUUUGACUAUAUGAAGAAUGUCUCUUUCUUUCUUCUAAAGGCAAAGAAAGAGAACCUAUUGUUUUAAUUUGUUUUGUUUGCACUUUGAUGGUAACGAGUUUUUUUUUGAGUGUAACGGAGUGUGUAUGACUGAUGUAUAUGUGGAUUAAGCUCAGAUGGACAGAAUGAUACAGGGUGUGGUCAAAUAUAGGAAAUGUUAAAUUGCAUUCCAACCGUCAGAUGGCCUCUCAUCAUGCUCCUAGGUUUCAUCUUUGCACAAUUUCACUGCCACAGAAGACAGCGGUGGUGGUAGAAAUGGACUGAGAAACGUUCAGAUAGUUCAAGUUUAAGUCUCACCAAUACAGCACACUCUAAGAAGUGUGCACCGGUAGACUAAACGUGAAGAGAGAUUAAUCAGUCCGGCAUGUGACGUGGUCAUUUUUUUCAUAUGCGAAUGCGAGGUGAUCAUUGCAAGCAUAAUCCAGAGGUCUGGUUAGGCAUAAACUUUU